AUCGCGCUCAUUCUCUUGCAGAAAGAAGAAACUGUAGACACUGACUUCCCCCUAUUGCCCCUUCGCUCGUCAAACAAUGUCGACACCCUCUCUUUAAACACCAACACAACUCGCUGCCUUUCCUCUCUCUCUCUCUCUCCUCUGUGCCAUAAAACUGUAUCUCUUCUUGAUACUAUGCGGAUGUGCGCACCAUAAGAGCAUCUUAUUCUGCCUUUUCGAUUCACAUCAAUUCCAAUACCAUCGCUUCUUCAACUUUUUGCCCAUAAAUACGACUGCGAUUUCAUCACUCUAUUAAAACCCCCUUCUUUUUUUUCUUCUUUUUUUAUACGCUUAUAAAACCCGUCUCUCUUUCAUUCAAUUCCUAUGUUAUUCUUCGAGGAUCUCUUGGAGUUACUUUCUGUUGAUCGUUUCAGAUCAAAGGCUCGAGUUUUUUCAGAAUCUUUAUUUGAAUCUAUGUCUACGAGUUGCAACACAGCCGAAGUCGACUCUUGUCGCGACGACUCAGCUGCACUCAUUCUUAAAUUCGUCGCUAUAGCAUCAAUUCUCCUCGCCGGAAUAGCUGGUGUCGCUAUUCCUCUUAUCGGAAAGCACCGCCGUUUCCUUCGUACAGAUGGCAGCCUAUUUGUCGCGGCAAAAGCAUUUGCUGCUGGAGUAAUUCUUGCAACCGGUUUUGUUCACAUGCUGUCUGGCGGGUCGGAGGCCUUAUCCAAUCCUUGCUUACCCGAAUACCCAUGGUCCAAAUUCCCGUUUUCGGGAUUUUUUGCUAUGAUGGCGUCGUUACUAACUCUUCUUGUGGACUUUGUGGGCACUCAAUAUUAUGAGAGAAAACAGGGUCUGAACCGGGCUAGCGAGGAGCAAAUCAGGGUCGGGUCGGUGGAAUCAGAUAUUGUACCAGUUGUGGAGCGAAAGGAGAGGAAUGGACCUAAUGCAAAGGUGUUUGGGGAAGAAGAAGGUGGUGGAAUGCACAUCGUAGGGAUGCAUGCGCAUGCUGCGCAUCAUAGACAUAGCCACCCUCAUGGGCAGGACGCGUGUGAGGGACACGUGAAGGAUUACGCUCCCGGCCCCGGGCACGGACACAGUCAUGGUCAUGGACAUGGGCAUGGUCACGGAUUUGGUGAUGGCAAUGGCGACGAGGAGAGUGGUUUAAGGCACGUUGUCGUUUCACAGGUAUUGGAACUUGGGAUCGUGUCGCAUUCAGUUAUAAUUGGGUUAUCACUUGGAGUUUCAGAAAGCCCAUGUACCAUAAGACCCUUAAUAGCAGCAUUAUCAUUUCAUCAGUUCUUUGAAGGUUUUGCAUUAGGAGGCUGCAUCUCUCAAGCGCAAUUCAAGACCUUAUCAGCAACGUUAAUGGCAUGUUUUUUCGCCAUAACAACGCCUACCGGUAUUGGGAUUGGAACAGCUAUUGCUUCAUUUUACAACCCACAUAGCCAAGGAGCACUAAUUGCUGAAGGCAUCUUGGACUCAUUGUCUGCUGGAAUUCUUGUCUACAUGGCCUUAGUGGACUUGAUAGCUGCUGAUUUUCUAAGUAAAAGGAUGAGUUGCAAUUUUAGACUUCAAGUUGUGUCUUAUUUCAUGCUCUUCCUUGGGGCUGGAAUGAUGGCCGCACUUGCUAUCUGGGCUUGAUUCUUUUAUUCGUUUUUCUUUUCUUCUCCAUGUGUUUGGCGAUGACGAAAACAUGGAAAAAAAAAAAAAAUCCGUCAAAACGGUUUUUUGUUGUGUUGUGUAGGAGCAAAGGAAAUAUUAGGAAGAAUGAAACAUGAUGUUGUAAUCCUCAAUUUGUCUUCGUUUCUUGGGUGGGUCAAAUAGACAAAAGAAAGGAAAAGCAAAAGUGCUUUGAAUUGUGUAAUAUACGUAAUGAUCGAAGCAUACAUGUUGUGGAGUGGACCCGUUUAAAGAAAAUGAAUGUUUCUUAUUUUAGCAGUUUCA